CUUUGCUAUUAUAAAUGGCAUGUGCGCUCCCAUAAAUGAACCCUACUCGUUAAACGCUGCUAACGAGCUUGAAACUGAACAUCCUGAGGUUGGAUAUAAAGAAGCUGGAUUUUUACGUCUGUCGAAAAAAAAAAAAACCACUGCAGGAGGAGACAGGGCAGCGACGACCAGAAGAAAACUCUCAUUAGCUGACAUUGCCGGAAUUGCUCCGGAGGCACUUUCUCUUGUUCCCCUUAUAGCUGGACUUACUUCCAGUGGGGGAAAUGAAGAUGAGGGGACAUCAUUAAAAAUAUUAAGUCAGCUACUUCAAAACUACCAAUCGCAAAACUUUGAGGCUGCAAGUGUUAAUGAUGAAGAGGAGAAAGAAAAGAAUGUUAAUGCUGAAUUAUUAGGUCAAAUACUCCGACUUUACCGAGAACAGGAAAAUAAAAAUAUUGCUAGCGGCGAUGAACCGAAUGAGGAAGUCGACGGAUUAAACGCAAAUUUAUUAGAUUAUUUAGAGCGUUACUUCCCUCUGCUAACUUUACUAGCAAGCGAACUUAACUCUCUGAAUGCACUGGAAACACUGGUGGAGUCCACAGCUUAAUAAAAGCCAAGUUUCCUUGAAUAAUAAACUUACAUCAAUUUUUUACUUAGGGCUUAUU